CCGUGUAUUAAGGUGACGCGUCUUUGUCCAUUCCCAGCCCUUGAUCCUGUUAAAAACCCAAUCAGUAGGAGCUAAGAAACCAACCUAGCAGGUGGAACCGGUCGAUAAACUAUAAUUUUUACAUUAAGCCAAUCUUAUCAUGGAUAACCUGGCCGAACUGGACGGCGACGAGUCGACAGAACCAGUGCAGUCAGAGCAUAUUACCGAGCCGACUAAACUGUUGGCUCCCCACUCUUCUGACGGCGACGACGAAGCAGAAAAUUCCAGCAUGCUGGACUUAGCCGAUUUUCGCGCUUUUAGCGGAUCCCCCUACCACACUCUGAGUGGACGAAUGUCCCCAAGUUUCUCUUCUGGCAGCAGCUACGCUACACUGACCCCACUUCAACCACUGCCCCCCAUCUCUACUAUGUCUGAUAAAUUUAGCCAUUACGGGCAUGCAGGUAGCAGCUUUGUUCUACUUCAAGGAAUGACCAUGAGUAGUUAUCAAUACGACAAGUCUGGUGGCAUGACUGUGAUGAAUAUUAGUCCUACUCUGGGAGCUACACAUCCCUCACCCAUUGCUAUGAUGAACACUAAUGGGUUUCUCCCGUUAGCCACUCAUGUGGGCAUCCCCUCCCCAAAUUAUUCUCAGAACGGACACGAAUCGCCUGAAAAAGGGAUAUCAAACAACGGAUACGAUACCUAUAGUCUACGAGAUCAGACACGAAACUUGAAACCUCCACAGAGUCCUCCUGUCAGUUUGCACUCCCCCACGAGUCUGAUGCCUACUUUGAACGGCUUGAAUGCCCCUGAGACUCCCCCAUCAGUUCAACUGACCAGUCCAGUGAUUACACCUGAGCAGGAAGACACUAAAUCGGUAACUGCAACGGCUUUCACUACUUCAUCUGAUGUGGGGUUGACCAUCUCACAACCUCUUGUGGCUAUUGCUACUAUAAAUGUGUCCAAUGGUGAUGAAAGCCUAUCGACGUCAAUCCCCAUCAAAACUUUAGAAACCUCUGCAACCUCACUCCCUAAGUCCUCCUCUGUAGAUGAUGUGGAAGAAGAAAUUAAUACCAAAGAGUUAGCUCAGAGAAUAAGUGCCGAACUAAAACGUUACAGCAUCCCUCAGGCCAUCUUCGCUCAACGUGUACUGUGUCGCUCACAAGGAACCCUUUCUGACCUACUACGCAACCCCAAACCUUGGAGCAAACUGAAGUCCGGUCGAGAAACUUUCCGGAGGAUGUAUAUGUGGCUGGAAGAGCCAGAAUUCCAGAGAAUGUCAGCAUUAAGACUAGCAGCAUGUAAACGAAAGGAAGAAGCCCCCCAGCAGAAAAAACACAACCAACCUAAGAAACCGCGUCUCGUCUUUACCGACCUCCAGAGGCGGACGUUACAAGCAAUCUUCAAGGAGACCAAAAGGCCUUCCAAAGAAAUGCAGAUUACUAUUGCACAACAACUCGGACUCGAUCUAACUACAGUAGGGAACUUCUUCAUGAAUGCUAGACGUCGUUCUCAAGACAAGUGGGCAGAAGAAAGUAAAUCUCAGCCACAGGAUAGCGCUGCAGUCGGCAACGUCAACGUAUCUUGUGUGACACUUAUCAAUAGCAGCGCCCCCUCGCCAUUGUCACCCUCAGCAAACUGUGAGUCACCGACUCUUUCAACAGUUUCGGUCAGUAAUUUAACAUCAUCCUAGAUUUGUUCAAGCAUACAGUUUCAUGUAACAUCAAAAGUUUUCAUCAUGCAAAAUCAAGACUCUUACCAUAAUGAUAAACCGGCAGACUUAAUGAGAGCUGCCAAUGUCAUUAGUUUAUCACUUUUUGUUUUGAUUUUCACCACAAGAAUCGUGUACUUGCCUGCUAAGUUACGUGACAAGUAUCGCAUACAAAGUGUUUUCGAAGCUCAAGCUCAACUUUAGAUACCUCUAGGUGGUGUCUUAACAUUCCUGAAACCACUAUAAUAAUUAUGCACAUUUGUAACCUUGGUUUCUUGACUAAAUCAUUUCAUCAAAACUUUCUCUCGGUAUGGAAGAGCUCCUAAAGUAAGGGCAAUAAUGUCAACAUUACUGUAGUCACUUGUCAGUACAACUAACUACUUAAACAAGAAAGAAAAAAAAAUCAUAAUAUAUUAACAAAACAUUUUACGAAUGGAUGUUUAUGUAUUUUUGCCACGUUACAAAGCGUGAAUAUUCCGCGUGUUUUUCUUCAUCAUGAAUGUGUAGGGCUGAUUAUUACUAUCAGUACAAUUCCUAUCAUGAAACUAAAAACCAUUCCAGUAUUUAAAUUGUGUGUUAAUAUACAUAAUAUUUUAAAUUAGAAUUAUAUGUUUUAUAUAUAUAUUUAUUUAUUCUAUUAUUUAACAAGCUACUUAAUUCGUUAAAUACUCAGUUCUCAACCUUUUGAAGUUUGACAUUAAUACUUGUUGAGAUUAUCUUAAAUUGCGACGAAGACUACGUGUAUGAAUAUGUUUCUAGCUCAAUGCAGUUAAAGGUCACGCGUUUGCAUUGCAUCAAUUGUUUCUUGCAUAAUUAAGAUAUUUUGACUGGAUUUUAUAAAAUUCUCUGACAUUCCUGAUAUAUAACAGAGAUUGAAGUGUUGUAGACUUAUUGGUUAGUUACACUAUCCGACCUACAGAGGCGGAUUGUGUUACAGAUUAACUGGUUUAGAACAGAAUUAAGAUCUGGUUGGUUCAUUAGAUUAUUUGACUUACAGAGUUCGAAUUAUGGUAGAGACUGACCUUUUGUGGGUUAGUUACAACGCUCUACCUAGAGAGAAGGCAAAUUAUAAUAGAAUCGCUUUAGAACAUAGUGAGAAGCUGGUUAGACAUUAACAGUUUUUAACCCGCAUAUAACUGAAUGUGUUGGAGAUAAACAAUAUUGUAGGAUUUAUAAAAGAGGUUAUUUGAUUUUAUCUAUGGUGUUAUUCCUUAUUAUUAUUAUUUAAGCUACUUAGUUAGUUUAGAUAUUUAACCUACAGAUCAUAGACACGCGCGCGCAGUGUUUUAAUUGUGGUUUUGAAGCAGGCGGAACGCCCUUUCAUGAUCUACUUUGACAUUCAAAUCACAAAACCAAGAAAGCAAAUGGCUUGAACCCUGAAGAGGCGGCACGCCGUUUCGGACCGUUCCACCCCAGUUUAACCCCGGCGGACGGGGCAUGUGGGUAGACAAGUCAGAAAUAUAUAUGCUAAAAUUCUCUCUGAAUUAACCAGCUUCAUAUAAAAACACAUGUGAUGAACUUGUAGCUCGUAAAUUUGCUGCAACAAAUAUCUGUGGCGAAAGAUUCAGAUAUUUAACUUACCCAAACGCAAAUUCCUUCUUUUUUCUAACCCCUUGAUGACAAAUAUGUAAAUUUGUAGUAAAUAUUUCGCGCUUUCUUUACUGGAAUGAGUUAUUCUAUGAUUAUGAUAAGAGAACAUAGAGUAGGAUUCGCGUAAAAAGAUCUUAUGACUCUUUCGGUUAUAGGGUUUUAUUACGUAAAACGAGUCUUAGAUUAUUUUAGGAGAUCUGUAACCAUAUAUAAAAUAAAGUUAAACAACUAUUGGUGAUAUAAAUAUUAACAUAUUUAUUUUUCAUUACAGUUUUUUUUUCUUACGCUAUCAUUUUUUUUUCUUUUCAUUAUGUCCUAUUAAAAUUCGGAAUACAUAGGUUUUCUAUUGGAAAAUAAAAACAAGUAGCUAUUAACUAGUUGUAAUUAACCGGAAAUGACAAGAUAUGGUGAGUAAGCCAUGAAGUUUGUUGUUGAUGUCUGUUAUAACUGUAAAUUAUCUUUAAAGAAACGGUUGUAUUAGCUACUCUCUGCUGUCGGUAAAUGUCUUUAAUUUUCCAGUUUAACUCAAGUAAGAAUCUUACUAGUGUUAGUAAAAGUUAGCGUGAAUGAAAUACUUAAGUGUGAAUAUUUCUCUAGAUAGAGUGAAAUCUAUGAUUACUCUUACAAUCAAAUCAUCCAGUUUCAAAAUAGUUCCUAAAAUUUCUUAAGUAGUUUAUUUAAAACUUUUUUUUAAAAUUCAGAUUGUAUAAUAUAUAA